AUGGCGAAUCCUGCGACACGAGAUGGCUAUCAGGAAUUUGACAACGAGCCCGAGCUUCCCGGAGAAGUGCAGGUUGAAAAUCAGCCGAUUCCACGGAGAAACACUGUUUCAGAAGACACAUCGCUGUUCCAGGAUCGGCAGCCGACCGAAAAUUCGUUGUCGCCAGAACAGGCAUUCAUCCAUAUGGUCAAAGCGAUGCUCGGAACUGGUCUGCUAUCGCUUCCACUGGCUUUUAAGCACUCUGGACUCUUUCUCGGAUUGAUUCUGACGGUCUUAAUCUGCCUAAUUUGCCUCUAUUGCAUGCGACAAGUCGUUUUUGCCGCUCAUUUCGUGUGUAAUCGAAACGGUCGCGACCUCAUCGAUUAUGCCAACAUUAUGCGUGGAGCCGUGGAGAUGGGACCGCCAUGGAUCAUGCGAAAAGGAUACUUUUUCAAACAACUCGUCAAUGUGAACAUGUUCAUCUCGCAAUUGGGCUUUUGCUGUGUCUAUUUUGUGUUCAUGGCUGAUAAUUUGGAGGAUUUCUUCAACAACAACACCUCGAUCCACCUCUCCAAGGCCGUCUGGAUGCUCCUAUUGCUCAUUCCGAUGCUCUCGAUUUGUUCGAUUCGUCGAUUAUCGAUUCUCGCUCCGUUUGCAAUGGCCGCCAACGUGGUUUAUGUGGUUGCAGUCGCCGUUGUGCUCUUUUUCUUCCUUUCAGAUCUCCGCCCAAUCGAUUCACUUCCAUGGUUCGGAAAAGCCACGGAUCUCCCGCUAUUCUUCGGUACCGUAAUGUUCGCGUUUGAAGGUGUUGCUGUGAUCAUGCCAAUCGAGAAUCGAAUGCAGUCGCCGCAUAGUUUCAUCGCCUGGAAUGGUGUGCUCAAUUCGUCGUGCCUCGUUGUUCUGGCCAUUUUCAGUGUCACCGGAUUCUAUGGAUACCUAUCACUUGGAAAUGAUGUCAAAGACACUGCGACACUCAAUUUGCCAAUGACACCAUUCUACCAAACGAUAAAAUUGAUGUUCGUGGCGUGCAUUAUGAUCUCCUACCCUCUGCAAUUCUACGUUCCAAUGGAGCGCAUCGAAAAAUGGAUUACCCGGAAAAUUUCAGCUGAUAAGCAGACGUUUUACAUCUACUUCGCGCGGUAUACCGGCGUUUUGUUGACCUGUGCAAUCGCCGAAUUGAUUCCCCACUUGGCCCUGUUCAUCUCGCUGAUUGGUGCAUUCUCCGGAGCAUCCAUGGCUCUUUUAUUCCCACCGAUUAUUGAGCUACUGACAUCCUAUGCAAAAAACGAGCUGACAAGUGGUUUGUGGGCCAAGAAUAUCCUACUUUUAGGCUUUGCGAUCGUCGGGUUCACCACCGGAACCUAUAGUGCACUGGUGGAAAUCGCCAAAACGUUUUCCGGAUAA